UACUUGCAUAGCUGAUAUUUCAAAGUCAAGGUCGUCCUUUAUAUAUCAGGUCUCUCGACUCUUGGGGACUUCUGCAACCACAGAACCAUGAAUCUUAACUUCCUAUCUAGUUCUCUCUUCUUGUUUCUACUACUCUCAGUAUUUUCGAGCCUCAUCUCAGAUAGUGCAUUCAUCAAAUCUGAAACUUUGGCUAAUGGAAGAAAUCUGCUUCAGAAGAAGAAAGCAUGUCCAGUGAACUUUGAGUUUAUGAACUACACAAUCAUAACAAGCCAAUGCAAGGGUCCCAAAUACCCACCCAAGAAGUGUUGCACCGCAUUCAAGGAAUUUGCAUGUCCUUACGCUGAUGAGCUGAACGACUUGAGCAAUGAUUGUGCAACCACUAUGUUCAGCUAUAUCAACCUAUACGGUAAAUACCCACCGGGACUGUUUGCAAACCGAUGCCAAGGUAAAGGAGGUCUCAAGUGCCCCGGUCAAAUAUGAAUUUCUACUCUAGUUUAACAGGGUGGUCAUAGCCUUCCUAUCUUCAAUAAUGUUCUUAUUAUAAUCAACUUUAUCAAUAAUUGUAGUCAAAAUAAAUUGUGGAGGAGGCUCCAUUGCAUCACAUGGUCUUAGCCUUCAUAUUUUCAAUUCAUAAUAUGGUCCUAGCCUUUCAUAUUUUCAGUUAAUAAUAUGUAUCUUAACAUGAUGAAUAUCAAGAAGCUAUAAAAGUGCUCUUAUGUCUA